AUGGGCGCUCUCUUGUCUCUACCACUACUGGCAGUGCCCAGUGUGGGCACGCUUAUCACCCUCGGCGGUUCAUGCUGCGGAGCCGCAACCUGCUCUGCGGUUUGCAGUGCAUGUGGGAAGUUUCAGAACAGUAUGGCAACGCGAAUCGCCUACGCCUUUGUCCUUCUAAUCAACUCGAUCGCAUCGUGGAUCAUGCUCACCCCCUGGGCACUCAAGAAACUGCAAGGCCUUACACUUGAUUACAUGGAUAUCAAAUGUGAUGGGAAGGAAUGUUACGGCUGGGUGGCUGUCCACCGCAUCAAUUUCGGUCUCGGUCUCUUCCAUCUGAUCUUUGCUCUCUUGCUUCUUGGUGUCAAGACAUCCAGAGAUAGCCGUGCGGCGAUGCAAAAUGGCUUCUGGGGUCCCAAAAUCCUGCUUUGGCUUGGCUUUGUCGUAAUGUCGUUCUUCAUUCCUGAGAGCUUCUUCUUCGUUUACGGAAACUACAUUGCGUUCUUCUGUGCUAUGCUCUUCUUGCUGCUAGGUUUGAUCCUUUUGGUGGACCUAGCACACUCCUGGGCGGAACUCUGUCUGCAAAAGAUCGAGGACAGUGAUUCCCGCUUGUGGCGAAGCCUGCUCAUUGGAUCCACGCUUGGCAUGUACGUUGCCUCGAUUGUGAUGACGAUUUUGAUGUACAUCUUCUUCGCCAAGAGCGGGUGCUCUAUGAACCAGGCCGCCAUUUCGAUCAACUUGAUCGUGUUCCUGAUCAUUUCGUUCAUCUCGGUUCAGCCGGCUGUACAGGAGUCCAAUCCGCGUGCGGGUUUGGCACAGGCUGCUAUGGUCACUGUCUACUGUACAUACCUCACCCUGUCUGCUGUCUCGAUGGAGCCUGAUGACAACAACUGCAACCCCUUGAUCCGCUCUCGCGGUACUCGAACCGCCACAAUCAUUUUGGGUGCGAUUGUCACCAUGGCCACCAUUGCAUACACGACCACGCGCGCGGCUACUCAAGGCAUCGCUUUGGGAUCCAAGGGUGGCCACAACUACAGCCAGCUCGGUCAGGAUGAUAACGAGCAUGGCUUGGUCACCCAGCAGCCCAACAGCCGUCGGGAAAUGCGCGCCGAGGCUCUCCGAGCGGCCGUCGAAAGCGGCAGUCUGCCUGCCAGUGCUCUGGAUGAGAGUGACGACGAGGAUGAGUUCGAGACCAGCAGCAAAGAUGAUGAGCGUGGUUCGACUCAGUACAACUACUCCCUCUUCCACAUCAUCUUUUUCCCUCGCCACGACCUGGGUUGCUACCUUAUUGACCCAGGGACUGACCGUUGA